CACAACUUAUCUCUGGUUCAUCCUGCGUCAGUGCGCUAGAGGGCGCUGUGUGGUGUUCAGCAGGAGAGCGCGUGAGCGUGUGUGUUUGGAUCACUGUUGACAUUCUGGCCUGCCAACGAAAUGAGCUCGUACGAAGCAGUUUGAAGCCUAUAAUUUCACUCAGCUGUAAUGUCAUUGGGGCUACAUUAUAUACCAGGACCAAAGCACGCAAUCUAAUGUAAUGGUGUAAUUGAAACAGAUCUUAAGAUGCUGCUCUCUUUGGGGAUGCUGAUGCUCUCUGCCACACAGAUUUACACCAUAUUCACAGUUCAGAUAUUUGCCUUCCUCAAUCUUCUGCCUGUGGAGGCUGAUAUAUCAGCUUAUUCAUUCGACAAUAAAACAGAGAACUUUGAUGACCUACCUGCUCGAUUUGGCUACAGGCUGCCCAGUGAAGGACUGAAGGGCUUCCUGAUCGGUGCCCGUCCUGAGAAUGCCUGUGUGCCAAUCGAUCCUCCUCCGCUGAGGGACAACCUCACCAGCGCCUUCAUUGUGCUGAUUAAGCGCUUCGACUGUAACUUUGACAUCAAGGUCCUCCAUGCGCAGAAGGCAGGCUACAAGGCGGCGAUUGUCCACAAUGUGGACUCUGAUGACUUAAUCAGCAUGGGAUCCAAUGAUCUGGAUAUUCUGAAGCAGAUAGACAUUCCAUCAGUGUUUAUUGGUGAAGAAGCGGCCAACUCUCUCAAAGAGGAUUACAUCUAUGAGAAAGGUGGUCAUGUGAUUCUCAUGCCAGACUUCAGUUUGCCUCUGGAAUAUUACCUGAUCCCAUUCCUCAUCAUCGUUGGAAUCUGCCUUAUCCUUAUUGUAGUUUUCAUGAUCACAAAGUUUGUACAGGACAGACAUAGAGCCAGGAGAAGUCGCUUACGCAAGGACCAGCUGAAGAAACUCCCCAUUCACAAGUUUAAGAAAGGUGAUUCUUAUGAUGUUUGUGCCAUUUGUUUGGAUGAGUAUGAAGAAGGAGACAAGCUUCGGGUCCUGCCCUGCUCACAUGCCUAUCACUGCAAGUGUGUUGACCCAUGGCUGACCAAAACCAAGAAGACCUGUCCGGUGUGCAAGCAGAAAGUUGUGCCGUCCGAUGGCGACUCAGACUCUGAGUCUGAUUCUGGUGACAGCGGCGGCGAGGAGAACGAAGUUUCGGAAAACACGCCCCUGCUGCGAUCUCUGGCCUCUACUAGCGCCCAUUCCUUUGGCACCAUGUCCGGCUCGCCGUCCCAACAUGAAGUGGAGUCAUCGGACUAUGACGAGCACAGUGACACUACCGAUAGUGAGGAGGAGGUCACAGUGGAAACUGUUGUCGUACAGCUGCAGCAGGGGCGUCCGGACAACAUGGACGCCAACGCCUAAAUGUCAGCCCUUGAUAACUCAGACUCUUAAUAGAGAUUCCAAUACAUUUCACGAUCACUUACAGUUUAUCAUUCGAAAUCUGUUUAACAUACACCGUGUGCAGCGAUACUAUACAGCAAAAUUUUAUAUAUAUAUAUAUAUAUAUAUAUAUAUAUAUUAUAUAUAAAAAAAAAAAAAUGUAUAUCACGAUUUCCCCCAAAAGAUGCUGCGAAAUUUAUUACGCACAUUUUUGCCAACCUCCACAGAUGAACGUCACCUCUGGGAAUGUAAUUUGUGCUUGCUGACAAAAUGCCAAACUCAUCUCAGACGUGUAUCCGAUCGCAAACAACUGCAUGUUUUAUACGACACAAUGAGACUUUAUUAUUGACACGUCAACAAAACUGAUGGUUGGUACAAGUUUUAGUUUGAUCAUUAACAGUGGAACCGUUCUAAAUAUCAGUCACUCGGAAGUGAUUUUGGAAGUGUAGUUAGGUAAUAACACAUCAUUUAUGUACUGUAAGUAAGAAAUAAGUUGGGUAAGUAGGAGUUGAGUUUUUGUUAUAACACAACGUGAACUGUUACCAAUGUCUGGUUGCCUUUUAAUGUUGCUGUACUGUAAAUAUAUCAAUUUCUGCUCAUCCUUGUUUCUAAGUAGUCUAUAUUCAUUUCUCUUCAUGAAUAAAAUACUACACCUUU